AUGGUACGUCUUCCUUUAAAGCAGCUACUAGAGGAUAAUCCUAAGAAGGUUCUUGUACUUGAUGGUGGUCAGGGGACAGAGUUGGAAAACAGAGGUAUUAAGGUCGCCAACCCUGUAUGGUCAACUAUUCCGUUCAUUAGCGAUUCGUUUUGGUCCGAUGAGUCAUCUGCCAACAGAAAAAUUGUCAAAGGAAUGUUCAACGAUUUCUUGAAUGCUGGUGCCGAGAUAUUGAUGACUACCACUUAUCAAACAAGUUACAAAUCCGUUUCUGAAAAUACUCCCAUCAAAACCUUAUCAGAAUACAACAACCUCUUAACUAGAAUUGUUGAUUUUUCUCGGGUUUGUAUUGGUGAAGACAAGUACUUAAUUGGCUGUAUUGGUCCAUGGGGCGCUCAUAUCUGUUGUGAGUUCACAGGAGACUAUGGUCCUGACCCGCAAAGCAUUGACUUUUACAAGUACUUCAAGCCUCAGUUGGAUAACUUCAAUAAAAGUGAUAAGUUGGACUUGAUUGGGUUUGAAACUAUUCCUAAUGUCCACGAACUAAGGGCCAUUUUGUCUUGGGAUGAGAGUAUUCUAUCUAAACCUUUUUAUAUCGGGUUAUCUGUGCAUGAGCACGGCGUCUUGCGAGAUGGCACUACCAUGGAAGAAGUUGCAAAAGUUAUUAAGGGCUUGGGUGACAAAAUAAAUCCUAACUUUUCGCUUCUGGGAAUUAACUGUGUUAGCUUCAACCAAUCUCCUGACAUUCUUGAGUCUCUGCAUCAAGUUCUGCCUAAUAUGGCCUUACUUGCUUACCCCAACAGUGGAGAAGUGUACGACACUGAGAAAAAGAUAUGGUUACCAAAUAGUGAUAAGCUUAAUAGCUGGGACGCUGUAGUUAAACAGUACAUUGGCAGCGGAGCUCGUAUCAUCGGUGGUUGUUGUAGAACAAGUCCAAAUGACAUUCAAGAGAUUUCCACUGCUGUCAAGAAGUACACUUAG